GGUAGCAACUAUAACCAUGCAUAAACCCUUCCUCUUCCCCUACGCCGCCGCCGCUGGGCCGUCCCUUUCCCCUUCCUUCAUCCCCCUCCGCCGCUCUCCCAUCCCAAACCUCUCCUCGCACCCGCCCAGAUCCUAUAGCUAGAGUUUCCCCAUCUUCCCCUACGCCGCCGCCAGGCCGUCCCCGCCAGCAUGUUGGAGUUGCGGUUGGUGCAGGCGACCCUCCUCAAGAAUGUCCUGGAGGCGCUCAGCGUCAGCGACCUGUUCAGUGAGGCCAACUUCGAAUUCUCGGGCACGGGCUUGGAGCUCCAGGCCAUGGACACCAGCCGCGUCGCGCUCGUCGCGCUCCUCCUCCGCGCCGAUGCCUUCAAUCACUACCGCUGCGACAGCGACCUCUCCAUGGGCCUGAACCUCGCCGACAUGGCCAAGGUUUUCCGCUGCGCCAACAACGACGACAUCCUCACCAUCAAAACCGAGGAUGGCUGGCCCGAUAGCGUUAUCUUCAUGUUCGAGUCGCCCAAGGUUGGUGAGAUUUCGUAUUUUGAUUUCGAUUUCGAUUUCGAUUUCGAUUUCGAUUACGUGGGCAUCAACGGCGUGCCCCUCGAAAUCCCGGAAUCCCCGGAAUCCUACCAGGCCAUAGUCCGCAUGCCCUCUGCCAAGUUUAUGCGUAUCUGCAAGAAGCUCAUCAGCGUCGGGGACAGGGAGGACAGGGACACUGUUGUCAUUAUCUCGAUGGAUAACGAGCGUGUCGACUUCUUCACUCGGGGAAAAGCUGGGACCUCAACAAUUUUCUGCACUGUUGGCAAGUCAAAAGAACCUAUCCUUAUAGAGAUGAAAGAAAAGGUUUCCCUGACCUUUGACCUGAGGUACGUGAACUCCUUCUCCAAGGUGUCUACCCUGUCUGAUCAAGUGACUAUCAGUCUUUCAUCGGAGCUACCUGCGGUGUUCGAGUACAAGAUCGUAGAGAUGGGCUACAUCAGAUAUUACAUGAUGCCAAGGAUCGAGAUGCAGAAUGAGGGAGAUGAGAUGCAGAAUGAGGGAGAUGAGAUGCAGAACUGAUGACUAGCGGGGAUACGUAUGGUCAUGUUGCCUACUUUGUCUUUCCACCAUCAAUUGCUUGACUAUUGUUUGCAAGCAAAAAAGAUGUUAUGUCUCAUCUGUUUAGGCCAGACAGAUUCAGCUGCUUGUAUCAGUAUCUGCUAUGAGUCCUUGGAUUUACGGUGAAUUCUAGAUGAGUGGAUUUGUGUUUUGUGCAUUGGUAUAUAGUGUGCUGUUUGAUCCGGUCACACAAUUUAUUUGUUGGGAGGCCAAAAA